AUGCGCUUCUUCCAGACUCUUUCGCUUUCAGCGCUUCUCACCCUCGGCAAUGCUGCUGCCAUUGCCAAAGAUUCAAAAGUCCCAGAGCUACCAAAGACUGACUACGAUGCCGUUGUCAUUGGAGGUGGUCCAGCUGGUCUUUCAGCCUUGAGUGGUCUUGCUCGUGUACGAAGAAAUGUCCUUCUUCUCGACAAUGGACUGUACCGAAAUGGACCUACUCGACACAUGCACGAUGUUAUCGGCUUUGAUGGUGUUCAACCUGCAUACUACCGCUAUGAGGCGAGAAGAUUGCUGUCCUACUACGACACUGUCAAGAUGGAGAAUGCCACGGUCACAGACAUCAAGAGCCAAAAGGGCGACUACACUUCCUUUUCCCUCUCAGUUGACUACCCCGGUCAACCCACCAAGAAAAUCACAACCCGCAAGGUCGUUCUUGCCACCGGUAUCAAGGACAUUCUUCCUGACACUCCCGGCAUUGCUGAAAACUGGGGCAAGGGCAUCUUUUGGUGUCCCUGGUGCGACGGUCACGAGCACGCCGACCAACCCCUCGGUCUCAUCGCACCUUUGAACAAGGUUGCCGGCCUUGUUAGAGAGAUGGCCACACUCAACUCCAACGUGUACGCCUUUGUCAACGGAACCGACAACAGUACCACACAAGCCCUCGCAGACCAGGAUCUUCCUCAGUGGAGGGAGUACCUGAAGCUGCACAACGUUACAGUCGACAACAGAACUAUCACAGAGGUCAAGCGUCUCAAGAACGGUGACUCACACAAUGCUGACCCCAGCCUUCCUUCUGUCCCCGAGUUUGAUCUCUUCAGCGUUGAGUUCACCGAGGGCAAGCCCGUUGAGCGCGCUGCGUUCUUGACAAGCUUCCCUGAUGAGCAGCGCUCUGACGUCGGAGAGAAGGCUGGAGUUACACUGUACGGUGGACGACUUCAAGCCAACGGCAGUGCUGGCUUGAUCACCAACGUCCCUGGUAUCUACGCCAUUGGUGAUGCCAACACUGACAACACUACUAAUGUUCCCCAUGCUCUCUUCUCUGGUAAGAGGGCUGCUGUCUUUUUGCACGUUCAACUUGAGAGGGAGACACAGGCUGUUGAGCUCGCUGGAUUGCCCAAGCGAGAGGCUGAACUCCAGGAGCGGGAUCUGUGGGAGACCAUGAACGAAAAGCGUGGUGAGAUGCUCUACGCUGGUGAAUUUGACCAAUAG